AUGGAUUUCUCCAUACUCGGCAUUGCAUUCGCAACGUUCUUUGUCAUCCGUCGUAGAAGCUAUAUACCACUCAGCGUAUCUCCCGCGCGACGGCUUCUGAUAUUCAUUGCAAUAUGGAAUAUACCUGUCAUAACGAGUAAUAGCAUCCUCCCUUUCCAAUGUUUCCACCACCUAACAAAGUUAGCUCUCAUCGGCAUCAAACUUGGAGCGUUCGAACCAACAGACAACAAUUGGUGUUGGAUCAAGCAAUCUUCUACCUCCCUUCGCUACGAGUUAGGUCACGCCUGGCGAAUGCUCAUUAUCUUUACAGUCCUUGUGAUCUACUCAUACCUAUUCUUCUACGUGCACCGUCACUUUGAUUAUCUCCGUUCGAUGCACAUCGAAUCCAGUUCCGUCACAUCAUCACGCUGGUCCAUCUACUCCGAGGACUCAGUCAACAUCCUAGAAGCAUUCGAAGAGUUCACAAUCUACGACUCCGAAGAUCCCAUCGUCACAAGCUUCCAAGAUAGCUUCCCUCCUAAACCAACAAUCAACACCGAAUCGAAAAAUCUUGCGGCCGACGCAGCAAGUGUCUACUCCCGCACCACCGACGGCACGCCAAUAAACCGACCAUCAAAACCCGCACCCAUCACAUCUCCCAUCCUCCCCACAAAUUUCGACACCCGAGACCCUCAGGCUCUGAUCCGCCAACCCAUCCCCACGCCCACAACCAACUACCCCACGAAGUCCUCUCUCGACGCACGAGAAGGAAGCACCAUCAAGAAAAUACUCUUCAACUCCUACCCCAUCCCCUACAUCAUCCUCCUCCUCCCCUAUUUAUUCUCUCGCGCCGCGGAGGUUCUCCACAUCGAUCAGCGAAGUGUGAAGAUCAUGGAGAGCAGCUGGGCGUACGUUGGCGUCGUCAGCGCGGUGGUGUUCAUCUUCAACGAAAGGAUCUAUGCCAGGUUCCAGGAAUCGAGGUGGUUGAAGAGAAGCGAGCAGAUUAAUAAGAUUAGUAUCAGUUUGCCGGUCUUUGAUGAUAGGCGGUCGGGAUAA